AUGGAGGAAGAGAAUAAAGAAAUUAAAUCAUUUAAGGAUUUAGGCUUAAAUGACUCAUUGGUGGAAGCUUGUGAAAAGCUGGGUUGGAAGAAUCCGCUAAAGAUUCAAGUAGAAGCAAUUCCCCAAGCUCUACAAGGGAAAGAUGUGAUUGGAAUUUCCCAAACGGGUUCUGGUAAGACUGGAGCUUUUGUUCUUCCUAUAUUGCAUGCCCUCUUAGAAGCACCCUUUUUUCUCCGGAACAAUUUCUUUGCAUGUGUAAUGUCUCCCACAAGGGAGCUUGCUUUUCAAAUUGCUGAACAAUUUCAAGCUCUAGGUUCUAAAAUAGGUGUCAAGUGUGCUGUGCUUGUUGGACAGAUUAACAUGGUAACGCAGGCCAUCGAGAUUGCAAAGCGACCUCAUAUUAUUGUUGGGACACCUGGACGAGUCUUGGAUCACCUAAAAAACACCAGAGGAUUUUCUCUUGAUAAAUUGAAAUACUUGGUCUUAGAUGAGGCAGACAGGCUGUUGGAUGAGGACUUUGAGAAAACAAUUACCGAGUUUUUAGAAUUUAUUCCUCGUGAGCGGAAAACAUUUCUUUUUUCAGCUACGAUGACAAAGAAGGUCCAGAAGCUCCAAAAGGCUUGUUUAAGGAAGCCCGUGAAGAUUGAAGUAUCAUCCAAAUAUUCUACUGUGGACACACUGAAGCAGCAGUAUCUCCUUGUGCCAGCAAAACAUAAGGAUUGCUACCUUGUAUACAUUCUCACUGAAAUGGCUGGAAGCACAUCAAUGGUAUUCGCCGAGAAAUGUGAGACAACAUGGCUUCUGGCUUUGAUUCUUAAAAAUCUUGGUUUGAAAGCCAUCUCAAUUAACGGUCAUAUGAGUCAGCCAAAGAGACUUGAAGCCUUGGAGAAAUUCAAGUCUAGGGAGUGCAAUAUUCUCGUUUGUUCUGACGUAGCCAGUAGGGGACUUGAUAUUCCAGCGGUAGAUAUGGUGAUUAACUAUACCAUUCCCAAAAGCAAAGUUUAUGUACAUCGUGUGGGAAGAACUGCUCGUGCAGGGCGUUCUGGUGUUGCCAUUUCCCUUGUGAACCAAUAUGAAGUGGCAUCGUACAUGAAGAUAGAGAAGUUUAUAGGCAAGAAGCUACCAGAGUAUCCUGCAGAGGAAGUGGAAGUUUUGUUUUUGAAAGAGCGCGUUAGUGAGGCCAAAAGAUCAGCAGACAAGGAAAUGAAGGAAUCCAAUGAGAAGAAGAAACGGAGGAGUGAAGGAGAUUUUAGUGAAGAGGAGGAGGACGACAUUGAGAAAUACUUGGGUGUCAAAAAUAAAAAAUCAUCCAAGAAGUUCAGAAGAUAG